AUGGGCUGGUGGAACGUGUGCUUUGCCGUCAUUGCGGGCGCCGCCCUCGUGCGGUCUUCGGCCUUGCCAGCCAUAGCGGCGCCGCAGCCACAAGUGCAGCCUCCGGUUGCCCAACAGCAGCAGCAGCAGGAGCCGGCCGCGUCGCCUGCCGUCGCGACGCCCGACGUCGGCACCGGCAGAGGCCUGGGCCAGCAUAGUAGGAACUCCAUCCAGACGGGUGACAGCCUCAUGGACGCCAUCUAUAACGACUGCCUUCGCAAGGACUCAGUGUCGUGCGUCAAGUACAAGCUGUUCUCGUUCGUGGACAAGGUGCUCGCUUCCAAGGACUCGUUCAGCCUGACGGAGGGCGUCACCGUCGUUAAGUCCCCGGGCGUCGGCGACGGCGGCCCGCGCGCCCUCGACCAGGAAGCCGCCGACUCGCAGUCCACCGACGUCGAGUCGAUGCUGGUCAGCCGUGUUGACCGCUUCCUGCGCACACACACGCUCAAGAUCGACUUGAACGGCAACGAUGUCGUGAACGCUGUCACGUCAGCAGGGCGCGCGCUCGGAGACGUCGCCGAGGGUUUGGGUCUCACUUCCGAGGACGACACUGCCGCAGCUUCUGCCGCUGGUGACGCCGAGGGCAGAGGAAAGAAGAAGAAAGCGGCCAAGAUCCUGCUGCCGCUGCUGCUGGCGCUGAAGGUGAAGGGCGCGGCGCUGGUGGCCCUCGCCCUGGGGGCCAUCGCCCUCAUCGCCGGCAAGGCGCUGCUCAUCGGCAAGAUCGCGCUGCUGCUCGCGGCCAUCAUCGGCCUCAAGAAGCUGCUGUCGCAGCAGCAGAAGACCGUCACCUACGAAAUUGUGGCGCACCCGCACCACACGUCAUCGCACGUCAGCGGUCACGAGUACUCGGCGGUGGGCGGCGGCGGCGGCUACGGCGGCGGCGACAUCGGCGGCGGCUACGCCAGCAGCGGCAGCGGCGGACACGGCGGCUGGGGACGCAGCCUCGAGGACGCCCACCAGAUCGCGUACCGCGCGUACGCGCCUCAGCAGGCGGCUCAGCAGUAGGGCGGCCGGCGGCCGGCGCGUCUGCUGCUCAAGGCGACGGAGCCAUCGCCGGCGCGCACCGGCAGCAGCAGACGCAGGCAGAUACACCUCCGCCUACGCUCUUCGCUCGCUUCUUUACUGCCAAUCCCUCGGUCUUUCCGCCGAGAACGCGCGCCUCUGCAACAGUACCGUAAUACUCAGUGCGAGGAAAACCUAAUUUAUUGUGCAAGUUAACAUGUUUCUCAUGUUAUUUAUUAUUCAGUUUUGGUUGUCCUCUUUUUUUUAUAAGAAGUGUUGUUGUAUUUAUGCUCAGAUGUGUAUGUCUAUGAGUGGUUAUGCUGUUUUGCCGUAUUUAAUGUUUACGCUCUUUGUAGCGUUCAUAUAUUCGUAUUCAUAUUUAAUAUUCAUUUGUAAGACAAGUGACUUCACACCCACUCGGGACGCGACACACUGCAACCUGUUUACGCGGAUUACUGCAUGAACCACUGAACGACAUUAAGACGACAGACUCCUGCAUCUUUCGAUCACAACGCACUGCUACAUAGGAUAUACCUGCUACAUCUGACUGCAUAUUACUCCUUGCGACAGUUGACGACUUACCGACGGUAAAAAGACUUUGAACCUCUGAACAAAACAUUAACGACUUUCAACUUUUCUGAAAAUGGGAAAAAAAAUCUCCUUUGGAAACUGAUUUAUUGAAACAAUUUCACAGCAUCGACGUCCUCCCUUUUAACUGCCUGACGAUCUUCAUCCUGACAGUGUAUUAAAUUACGCACAUCUUUAAACUAUUAACAAUGUAACGAAACAAUAAUCACUGACGACGAUUCUACCGUAGACGAGCCAGUAACGACACCACAAAGACGUCCACGCUAACGGUCAUCACCUGUGCUCCCGAACCUACCGAACUGCUACCAUCACCUUAACAAAGACCAAAGAUUUUUCGUACGGCUUAGAAACCCGUAACAGACGCUAAUCUGCGCUACAGAUGACUGACAAUAACUAGUUAAUAACAACGUAAUCUUUCCCCACUCUUACAAUACUCACUAUUCUCCAACUGCUCAACAUGGCACCACCCCUUUUCUCCAUGGGAGUCAACGACCAUCUUCCACAAAUCAAACAAUUAAUGUGCACGCUAGUGUGCACCCGUAAAGAAACCUAGUACAUGACAUAGAUUUUGAACUGAAUAGACUACGGAACGGUUCUACCUUUACAGACCAAAGACUUUGCAUUGUAUUAAGACGUCCUACGCUUAGACUACGAAGUAGAACUUAUGUAUUGAC